AUCGACUUUGAUGGUAAUUGUCAUUCGUUGUCAUUGCAUGAAAAAAAGGAACAUCAAGUUCACUCAAUAAGAAAUUUACUGUUCAUAAAACAUAGAAACAGUCUCGUACAUUAUGGCUGAAGUGCUUACCAAUUUACAACAUUCUGAUAAAGUAUCUGCACUUAUCAAGGAAGCUGAAUGCUUGAAGUCGAAGCUGGAAGAAGAACGUCAAAAGUUGAACGAUGUUGCUUUGUCGUCUCUGGCGGAACGUUUGGAAAUGAUCAGCUAUUUGAACAUUAAACCCCGUCGCGUUUUGAAAGGCCAUCAGGCAAAAGUACUUUGUUCUAACUGGUCUCCGGACAAGCGACACAUAGUAUCUUCAUCCCAAGAUGGCAAAUUGAUCAUUUGGGAUGCAUUUACUACUAACAAAGAACAUGCUGUUACUAUGCCAACGACAUGGAUAAUGGGAUGUUCUUAUGCCCCUUCCGGAAACCUUGUUGCUUGUGGUGGACUAGAUAAUAAGGUAACGGUUUACCCUAUAACUCUGGAAGAGGACAUUUCAUCAAGGAAGAAAACAGUGGGAACACACACAAGCUACAUGUCCUGUUGUAUUUUCCCUAAUUCUGAUCAGCAAAUUUUAACUGGUAGCGGUGACUCUACAUGUGCACUGUGGGAUGUAGAAUCAGGUCAGCUGUUGCAAAGUUUCCAUGGCCAUACAGGAGAUGUUAUGUCAAUCGAUUUAGCUCCUAAUGAAACAGGUAAUACAUUUGUAUCUGGAAGCUGUGAUAAGAUGGCUUUUAUAUGGGAUAUGCGAUCUGGUCAUGUGGUGCAGUCCUUUGAAGGGCACCAGUCAGAUAUAAACAGCGUGAAAUUUCAUCCUAGUGGAGAUGCAAUAAGCACUGGUUCUGAUGAUAGUACGUGUCGCUUAUUUGAUAUGAGAGCCGACAAGGAAGUUGCUGUUUUCAGUAAGGAUAGCAUUAUAUUCGGAGUUAAUUGUGUUGAUUUUUCCGUGAGUGGACGUCUGCUAUUCGCCGGUUAUAAUGAUUAUACAGUAAACGUGUGGGAUACCCUUAAGGCACAUCGUGUAUGUCUUCUAUACGGCCAUGAAAACAAAGUCUCUUGUCUUCAAGUAUCUCCGGAUGGUACAGCACUAUCCACCGGAAGUUGGGACUAUACGCUAAGGGUGAAACGUAAACUUCAAAUGUUAAGAAUCCAUCUAACAUUGUAUCUUUUAUUUUAGAUUUGGGCUUAAACAUACAUCUCAACGGUUUCCUGUAUUUCCUGCAGUAUUGGUACUAUUAGUAUUCAUUAAGUGGUUCUGAUCGUAUCGUAGUAUGCCACAUCUGAGAUUAUUUUAGUCUUAACUACUUGUAAUAAUACAUCUACUUGAUGUCAUAACAAUAAAUAUUAAAAAUUAAUGUUACUGAAACCCAAA